UCAUGCUGCUGCCAGGUCCAGAGUCUCUCAUGGGUCCCUGUACGGCCUCCCAUUGCUGCUGUCUCCAUCGCCACACUCUGCCAUGUGCCACUUUCAGGUCUCCUCACACUGCUGGCGUGUUCCAUUUUUUGUCAUAGGGUGCUGGCAGAUUACGGGCCUCCCAUUGCUGCUGCCAGGCCCGUAAUCUGCCAUGGGCCCCUGUACCGCCUCCUCAUGCUGCUGCCAGGUCCACAGUGUCUCAUGGGUCCCUGUACGGCCUCCCAUUGCUGCUGUCUCCAUCGCCACACUCUGCCAUGUGCCACUUUCAGGUCUCCUCACACUGCUGGUGGAUUCCAUUUUUGUCAUAGGGUGCUGUAUGGCCUCCCAUUGCUGCUGCCUCCACCGCCACACUGUGGCUCCACACUCUGGUUUUGGCCCCGUGACUGCACAAAUGAGUGAAGUGUGUGGUGAUUCUAAGAUCGACGGCACUCAUCUGCAUGUCAUACUG